AGCCCGGGCUUCCUAUUUCGGGAGCAAGGGGUGUGGGCCACUUUCAUCAUGUGAUGCGAGGGCUAUUUAAAGAGACUCUCCAGCCGGGAGCCGCGAUUCUCACUGCCUGCACGCCUCCUCUCUCAUUGCACCAUGGCGGACGCCUUUGUCGGUACCUGGAAGCUAGUGGACAGCAAGAAUUUUGAUGACUACAUGAAGUCACUCGGUGUGGGCUUUGCCACCAGACAGGUGGCUAGCAUGACCAAGCCGACCACAAUCAUUGAGAAGAAUGGGGAUACCAUCACCAUAAAGACACACAGUACCUUCAAGAACACAGAGAUCAGCUUUCAGCUGGGAGUAGAGUUUGACGAGGUCACAGCAGAUGACAGGAAGGUCAAGUCGGUCGUGACACUGGACGGAGGCAAACUGGUCCAUGUGCAGAAGUGGGACGGGCAGGAGACUACGCUUACACGGGAACUAAGUGAUGGGAAACUCAUCCUGGUAAGAUGGGCAACGACAGGAACCGUGCCUUCCUCAGGCCAGGGCCUUCCUGGGGUCGGGAGGAAGUAGGACGAGAGGCGGGGAUGGGGUCAUGGCUGUCACAGGUCUUGGUUCAAGCCUCAGCCUAAAAGCUAUCUGACUCUGGACACGUAACCUUCUUUAACGGCCACUAGGAUGCGUACAGUGACUGGAGCCUGGAGGCUACUGGAAGGCCAGUGUAUUCAUAGCCCAAAGCCCAGCCAAGCAGGAAGGAUGCAGCAGCUGCCCACAAAUGGUUCCUCCUGCUUGUGUUCCCGGGAGGAGGCAGAAAGCAGGGCCAAUUGAUCCCAGGAGGGGAGCAGCUGCCACUCUGUCUUCCUGAGUAGGAAUGCAGGCAUCUGCAGGAGCAAGUGUGUGCCUGACUGGCACUGCCGGGAGCACCCCCUCCUUAUUCAUGCUUUGUCUACUGUUCCUGGCUUCCUGAAAACAUCUAUUGUCUAGAGAGGAGGUGAUACAACCAGGCCUGUAGAUCUGCUUUGGGAUAAGUUUGAGAGCAUCCUUAGAAUAUAGUAGCCUUGGAGGACUGCACCUGGGCCAGGAGCAUGGACCACAAAGUCAGUACCACAGCCCUUGGUGGCUCCGUGGAACCUGCUGAUUGUGUAUUCACACGAGACUGGGGUCCCCUCUGAGUCAGAAGUCAGGUGCCUAGUUCUGGAAGGGAGGAAACAAACAGGACCAUUUCACCGGGUAAUAGAGUAAGAGGAGGCCAUGGCUGGUCUCUACUGAGCCUGAAUACUGGAUGGUCAGGGAGGAAGGGAAAGUUGGUAGCUUAGUUCCUCAAGGCUCUGGCUGCUCUUAUCACCAGUUUGUCUGCCUUGCACCAGACACCCCCUUAGGCAGGUGCUGAACAUAAAAGAGGAACAGGAAUGUACUGGAUCCUGACCAAUUUACCUCUUUCAAGGGUCUAUUUUCCCCCCAAAUCUCUAAAAUGGUAAUUAUAACAUCUACCUUAAAAGAUCUGCAUCAGAAAAAAAGAAAAAAAAAAGAAAAAGGAAAGCGCCUGGCGCACAGGGGUCCCCAAGUGCAGCUCAGGAUGAGGGUGGGGAGUGCUCCCUCUCCUGCUCUGCCCCAUCUGACCCUGUCUUUCCUUGCAGACUCUCACCCAUGGCAAUGUGGUGAGCACUCGGACUUACGAGAAGGAGGCGUGACCUGGCUGCCCCGUCACUGACUGCUCCUCUGCCAAUGGCUACCCCUAACUCAGCACCACGUUGCCUCAUGUUUCUCCCCUCUGACGUUUUAUAUAAAUACUCUUUGGUUGGGCUUUUCCUGGAGAUAUGGGACACCAGCCUGGACCCAGGUCCCAUUGUGUAUGUGGUUUAUUUUUUAAAACUGUAUCCAAAGGGUGCUCCAAGGUCAAUAAAGCAGAGCCAAGGCCACCCA